UCUUUAUUCCCAUUAUAUGGCUCACGACAUCUGUAUUCAGCAUGCAGCAAGGACAAGCUUGGGAUUUCAAAGUAGAUCACAUCUCAAGUCAUCGUCCUAAGAUCUGGAACAUCUACUAAGAUUUACAUCUGCAGUUCGAUUUUUAAAGCUUUUCAUAUUAACUUCACUCGAUAUACAAAUAGUGUUUGCAGUCUGCUUAUGGCCCAAACAAUACCAAGUUCCAGGUCCUGCAAAAGCUUCAAGAACAGAUCAAUGUCAAUAGUUUUGGCGAAGAUUCUACUUGCCUUGAUCUUCCUUCUGUCAAUAUCCAAGGGUUCUGAUGGACAGUUUGAGGAUUACUGUAUAGCAGAUGAGCAAGCUUCAGAAUAUGACCUUCUGGGUGCUAUGAACUGGGCGUGCAGCAACGGUGCAAACUGCACCGCAAUCCAAGAAAGCCAGCCAUGCUACCUCCCCAACACGCCAAAGGACCAUGCCUCUUAUGCGUUCAAUAGCUACUAUCAGAAUAUGAAACACCAAGGAGGUGGAUGCUACUUCACUGCCACUGCAGUUUUAACCGGUGCUGAUCCAAGCCAUGACUCAUGCAAAUUUGAAUAUAUUCCUUGAGGGGUUAUCUCUUAAAAGAGGCCGCUUCAUCUGUCAGAUUUUAUGGUAACAGGAGUCUGAAGUUUAUGGAUUUUGAAUUUGAGUUGUACUUUCAGCUUAAGAGCUCUCCAAUUUGUAUUCCCCCCUGAUGUAAGAAAAGAAAAAUUUUCUGAUGAAUUGCUAGUAUGUACCUUGAAUGGAGCAUUUGAUAUGCAGCCUGUAAGGUAAAAACUAAAGUGCAAAAAUGAUGAUAAAUAAAGAAAAACAACAUAU